AUGACACAGCGCGAGAGCGAGAUAUCAGGGGGCUUCACACAAGCAGCAAAAGUAGUCGCAAUGCAGCUGUCAGCGCUCUUGAGCAUUGCCAGCUUCGCCGCGGCAGCGCCCGCUUCCACCACAUUUGCACCGUACACGGGCGGCGACACUUCUGGCUGCGGCAAGACUCACCUCUUCAACGGCCUUGCCCAGCUGCGCACCCUCAAGUCGAGCGGCCAGGACCGCCGCUACCUUGCGCACCUCCCCGCCGACUACGACGCCAAGCGGCAGUACCCUGUCAUUGUCGGCUUCCACGGGUCCAGCAGCAUCGGCUUCUUCUUCGCCGCCGACACGGGGCUCGACCUGCCGCGGUACACAAGUGACAAGAUCACGGUGUACCCAGACGGCCUCGGCGGCGCGUGGGCCGGCGCCAACUACUCGACGGCGAGCGUCGGCGAGGAUUUGCAGUUUGUGUGGGAUGUGCUCGCCGACUUGCGCGGUGCGUUUUGCGUGGACAGUGCGCGAAUCUACGCGACGGGACUGUCGAGCGGCGGCGGGUUUGUGAAUACGGUGGCGUGCAAUGCGACGGUUGGGGGCGAGUUUGCGGCGUUUGCGCCGGCGUCGGGGGCGUUUUACACGGAUAAUGAUGAUCAUUUCAAGGACUGCAGGCCGGCGCGCGUGCCGACGCCGAUGCUCGAGUUUCACGGCGGAGCAGACGAGUCGGUGCGGUAUGACGGGGGACAAGGACAAGGCGGCAUCGAGCCGUCGAUUCCAAACUGGCUGAAGCGAUGGGCUGACCGAAAUGAAUGUGACACGCCCAACGAGCAGCAAGACUUGUACAAUGGCGAUGUGCACCACCUCAGCUGGACGUGCAAGGGCCAAGAGGGCGUGCUGCAGCAUUACAAGACGGACAGCCAGAAGCACGACUGGCCCUCUCCCUGGCCCAACUUUUCGCAGCUCGCAGCGCUGGACAAGCCGACUCACCUCGAGGCGAGUGCGCUGAUUCAAGACUUUUUCAUGAAAUAUACUCGACCGGCAAAGUCAUGA